AUGGGUAAUGAGGAAAUCAUCGAGGAACCCAAGGUAACUCAGAAAAUCGUUGAGGAGAAGAAGAUGGAAAACGUGAAACAAAUCCUCAAACAUUUUCUUGAGAAAUCUGAACUCGCCAAGGAAUCAUGGAUGAAGACCAAUGACCCAUCUAUGGUUGAUAAACUGAUUUCCGAGGUCGUAGCGGAAAUCUUCGUGGAACCCAAGGAAAUCGUCGAAGAAGCCAAGGUAGCUGAGGAAAUCGUCGAGGAACCCAAGGUGACCGAGGAAAUCUUCGAGGAACCCAAAAGGAUUGAGGAAGUCGUCGAGGAACCCAAGGUAACUGAGGAAAUUGUCGAUGAAACUUUCGAGGUACGCAAGGUGACUGAGGAACCCGUCGAGGAUCCCAAGGUGACAUGGAAGAGACUGCGGAGACAACUCGUCGAGGAACCCAAGGUAACUGAGGAAAUCGUCGUGGAUCCCAAGGUGACUAAGGAAAUCGUCAAGGAACCCAAGGUAACUGAGGAAAUUGUCGAGGAAACUUUCGAGGUACGCAAGGUGACUGAGGAACCCGUCGAGGAUCCCAAGGUGACAUGGAAGAAACUGCGGAGACAACUCGUCGAGGAACCCAAGGUAACUGAGGAAAUUGUCGAGGAAACUUUCGAGGUACGCAAGGUGACUGAGGAACCCGUCGAGGAUCCCAAGGUGACAUGGAAGAGACUGCGGAGACAACUGGGAGCCCAAGGAUCCUCUUGA